UUUCUGCUGAAAACGCAGCCAUUGCUUUUGAUUGCUUUUAUGAUUCCAUUUAAUUUGAUUUAAUUCCGUUCCGGCGUUGCGUGCAUUUUUAUCGUUAUGCGCAAUUAGUAGUGGGAACUUUUAUUAUUUAUUUACUGAUCGUUUGUUUCAGCUUUUGUGUUCAAUUAUUCGAAAUAUAAAAUGCGCGAGUGCAUUUCUAUCCACGUCGGUCAAGCUGGGGUCCAGAUUGGAAAUGCUUGCUGGGAACUAUACUGUUUGGAACAUGGCAUACAACCGGAUGGCCAGAUGCCAUCUGACAAAGCCAUCGGAGGAAGUGACGAUAGCUUUAAUACUUUCUUCACUGAGACUGGAGCGGGCAAACACGUUCCCAGAGCGGUAUUCGUUGAUUUAGAGCCAACAGUAGUGGACGAGGUUCGUACAGGCACUUACCGCCAGUUGUUCCACCCUGAACAAUUGAUCACGGGUAAAGAGGAUGCCGCCAACAAUUAUGCCCGUGGUCAUUAUACCAUCGGGAAAGAGAUUGUCGAUCUGGUUUUGGAUCGUAUUCGCAAAUUGGCCGAUCAGUGCACCGGUCUGCAAGGAUUUCUCAUCUUUCACUCCUUCGGUGGUGGUACUGGCUCAGGUUUUACGUCUCUCUUGAUGGAACGUCUAUCCGUGGACUACGGAAAAAAGUCUAAAUUGGAAUUUGCUAUUUAUCCUGCUCCCCAAGUCUCCACUGCUGUAGUCGAACCUUACAACUCUAUCCUGACCACACACACCACCCUCGAACAUUCAGAUUGCGCCUUUAUGGUUGACAACGAGGCUAUCUAUGAUAUUUGUCGUCGUAAUUUAGAUAUCGAGCGACCAACGUACACCAAUCUCAACAGACUGAUAGGACAAAUUGUCUCUUCCAUAACUGCCUCGUUGCGUUUCGACGGCGCUCUAAAUGUCGAUCUGACCGAAUUUCAAACCAAUUUGGUUCCCUACCCAAGGAUCCAUUUUCCCUUGGUGACUUACGCUCCGGUCAUAUCCGCGGAGAAGGCGUAUCAUGAGCAGCUCUCUGUUGCCGAAAUUACAAACUCUUGCUUCGAGCCUGCCAAUCAAAUGGUCAAGUGCGAUCCCCGACACGGGAAAUACAUGGCUUGCUGUAUGCUCUAUAGAGGCGACGUUGUCCCCAAGGAUGUAAAUGCUGCGAUAGCGAUCAUUAAGACCAAGCGUAGCAUCCAAUUCGUCGAUUGGUGUCCGACUGGUUUCAAAGUCGGUAUCAACUAUCAACCCCCAACGGUGGUGCCCGGUGGUGAUCUCGCUAAGGUGCAGCGCGCAGUUUGUAUGCUGUCCAAUACUACCGCGAUCGCGGAGGCUUGGGCUCGUUUGGAUCACAAAUUCGAUCUAAUGUAUGCUAAGAGAGCGUUCGUUCAUUGGUACGUUGGCGAAGGUAUGGAAGAGGGUGAAUUCUCGGAGGCACGUGAGGAUCUCGCGGCUCUCGAGAAGGAUUACGAGGAAGUCGGGAUGGAUUCCGCGGAGGGCGAAGGAGAAGGAGCUGAGGAAUAUUAAUGACAAUAUUAAGGAUCUCUCUCUCUCUCUCUCCCCCCCCCCCUUUUACUUUCUCUCACCGCUUUAUUAGACAGUCCAUUUUUUUUUCCUUUCAUUCUUGGGUAAUGUAGAACAAGCUUAUAUAAGCCAAAAUAAAUAAUCUCAUUUAUGUUAAUAAUCAACUGUACAAAUAAAUCACUUCAUUUGGAGACUAA